CAUUAAAAGAAAACUGUCUUCAAAAACAUUUUAAAGUGGUCGAAGAAAUUAACCGCUUGAAAGAAGAAAUUAAAAAUUAUAAAGCUGUUAGCACUACAAUCAAUAUCGAUCUUGACAAAUUCCCAGAACCAAAUUAUAAUUUCCAGCGGGAUGAUGAUGAAAUAUUGAAUCAUAACUUGCAUUUGGAGUAUAAACGUCUAGUUGCUGAACUUAAAAAAUACAAAAAAAAUAAUACAAUUUUCAGAGUUGUAAAUAAUUAUAAAAAUACAAAGAAGCUAUAUAAGAUUGGUUUAUAA